CGCAGACGAAUCCUUUGGUCUGCUAGAGUCGGCUGUAUCUAUAGAUAUACUGUGGGACACUUGUAGCGGACGACGCGCAAAAGUCGGCAGUGCACAAACAUGGCCGCAAUCGUGGAAGCUCGCACGCUUUCAAGCUCCCUGAAGAUCUUGUCGAAGAAAUGUCCGGUGAUCUCGUUCGUUUGCUCGAAACGGCUGAGGCACGACGACUCGUCGGCCGAGCAGUCCUACGACAUCGUCAUCGCUGGAGGUGGCAUGGUCGGGACUACUCUGGCCUGUGCACUAGCUAACAAUCGACGUCUGGAAUCCAAAAAAAUUCUUCUGUUAGAAGCUUCUAACAAAUUCAGUUAUACACCUCAAGAAAAGUAUUCAAAUAGAGUUGUAGCACUGAACAAGAACACAAGAAUAUUGUUGUCAAGUAUUGGAGCAUGGAAACAUAUAGAAUCUGUGCGACACACUCCUGUACGGAAAAUGCAGGUAUGGGAUGCAUGCUCCGAUGCUAUGAUAACGUUCAACGAAGACCACUUGGAAGAUGAUCUGGCAUACAUAGUGGAGAACGAUUUGCUGCUACACGCUGUCGAUACUAUUUUAUCGGGAAAAAAUUCAGUAAAAGUAAUAAAUAACGCAAAAAUCAAUGACAUCAUUCUAUCCAACACAACUGGAGCAGAUUCUAGGCUUCAUCUGGAAAGCGGCGAAAGCUUCAGGACUAAAUUAUUGAUCGGAGCCGAUGGGCAUAAAUCGCGGGUCCGACAAGCCAUGGGUGCCAAGUACGUCGACUGGGAUUACGGACAGAUGGGCAUCGUCGCUACGGUUCAAUUAUCCGAGCCUACGGAAAACAUCGUCGCUUGGCAGAGAUUUUUACCAACCGGACCCGUAGCCCUAUUGCCGUUGACGAGUUCACUGAGCUCUCUGGUUUGGUCGAUGACGACCGAGGAAGCCAAGAGAUUGCUCAAAGCCUCCGAGGAAGAGUUCGUGGACAACCUGAACGACGCUCUGUGGAAGUCCUAUCCCAAAGACACCAUCGUCGAGGGGGCGAUGAAGGGACUCACCAAACUGCUCGACGAUCUUCAGCUGCAGAACGGAGCCACGAGACAGCUGCAGCCCUCGAUCUCGCACAUCGUCGAGGGAUCGCGAGCCGCCUUCCCGCUGGGAUUCGGUCACGCCGUGAAAUACGUCCAACCGGGUGUCGCUCUAGUCGGCGACGCGGCUCACAGAGUCCACCCGCUCGCGGGUCAGGGCGUCAAUCUGGGCUUCGGCGACGUCACGGCCCUGGUCCAGGUGCUCGGCGACGCCGUCGAGCACGGGGCCGUCGUCUCGGACGAGGCCUACCUGAACAAGUACGAGAGCAUGAGGCAGUGGAGCAACAUACCGACGAUGCUGGCCAUCGACGCGCUGCACAGGCUGUACAAGGGCACGGCGACGCCCAUCGUCCUCGCCCGCAGUCUCGGAUUGCAGCUGACCAACGCCAUCAAACCGUUGAAGAAUCUUCUGAUGCAGCAAGCGUCGCAGCGAUGAAUGGAUCGAUGAAUGUACGAGUCACGCGGGCACGUUUCAGUACGCCGAGAGUUGACAAAUUCGAAAUUAUUUUCAGUUUUUUAUUGUACAGUAUAUGGUUCAAUCCCAAAGGAAAUAGAUGUGCUUUAUAGUAUUGCUGCGAAGACUUAUGUAUUAAACUUUUUUUUUCAUUUAAAUGUAAAAAUAUGAUGCACUCACGGAUUGAUUCUCAGCCGGAUAUCGAAAGAAUUAGCGCUCGAUCUUUGUGAGCCGAUUGCUUCUUCUUCUUUUUUUUUUUUUAAUUUAUUUCUAUCUAAAUAAAACAUUUCUCGAUGGAAAAAAGUUAAACUUUUAAUUCAAGUAUAUGAGCUUAAGUUUAUACUUAUUUUUAAUUUUAUGAUAAUGUUUGUCAUUGUACAUAAUUAUGUAAUUUCUUUUGUAUUACAUAUCUGCUCAAUAAUUUUUUGUUACAAGCACAAGGUUGACAUUUAUCAGUUGAUGAUAUUUUUCUGUACUUGAAUUAUUUAAUUUAUCAUAUUGUUUUUGUAUAAAUUUGAAAAAACACGAGUAUAAAUUUUGAAUAAAUCACAACAAUUAUAAUUCAUAUAAGAUUCUUGUAAAUUGCUUUAGCUUUAUUGAAUAAUUGGAAAAAAUAAAAUGUUAAUUACA